AUGGAUUCCGUUGAAGUAGCUUUGCGGAGCUUUGCAGAAUUUACUGUAGCUCCGCGGAAUGACAAAAUCCUCCAUUCUGGAGCUCACAAAGGCAAAUUGAAAUGGAUAAGAAAUUCAAUGGCUAGGGUUACUACCAGCUCCAUCGCCCCGCCUUUUAAACAGUCAAUUUCUGCGGGUUCUCUGCAGCCAAAAUUCUCUAGUCUCCGGCUGGAAUUCCCUAAUCUAAACGUUGCCUGUGGCGACCGGAAUCACCGGAUCACCUGCCGUUACGGGGGAGGAGCUAAUUCACGUCAGGAAGACUCCAGACGUUCUCCGCGGCUUAAUUCUGAUGAUGAAGCCCUUGAUGUCGCCACUAUCAGGUCAAAUACUGUGAGGCUUAUAGAUGAUCAGCAAAAUAUGGUUGGUAUAGUAUCCAAAACUGCUGCUAUUCAGAUGGCUGAAGAAGCUGCACUUGAUCUUGUUAUAUUGUCUCCAGAUGCAGACCCUCCUGUUGUCAAAUUGAUGGAUUACAACAAAUAUAAAUACGAGCAACAAAAGAAGAAAAGAGAGCAGCAGAAGAAAAAUACUGCACUUCGCAUGGAUCAAAAGGAGCUUAAAAUGGGGUACAACAUCGAUGUGCAUGAUUAUUCUGUACGUUUAAGAGCUGCUCAAAAGUUUCUUAAAGAUGGUGACAAGGUUAAGAUUAUAGUGAACUUAAAGGGACGUGAAAAUGAGUUCAAAAAUAAUGCCAUUGAGCUACUGAAUCGGUUUCGCAAUGACAUUGGGGAGUUAGGGAAUGAGGAAAGCAAAAAUUUGAGAGACAGGAACAUGUUCAUGGUAUUGAUCCCAAAUAAGGUUGUUGUACAAAAAGAAGUACCAAAGAGAAAAGGAAAGUCAACUGGGAAAGAAAUGUCAGCUAGUGUAUGAAAGUAAGGAAAAAGUUAAGUUUGGUGACUAUUUUCUAAUCUUCAAUUUGUUGAUUUGUUCAUAAAUCAACAUGUAUUUUAAAUUUGCAAUCUUGUAUUGUUAUAGAUUCUAUAUCAGUUUGUUUCAUAAAUCAACGUGUAUUUUGUUGGCCAUAAUUAAUGUUGUGUAACUAUUCAUAAUUUGCAUGUUUUGUUUAAAUGAUAGGAUUUGUAUAAAAUCUAAUGAAUUGAACUCUUCACAUUUCUUAACCAAAUAAGAUAAUGAAAUGGAUUUCAAUUCCAAAAGUUGUCCAACUAAUGGUGUAAGAGUUCUAACAAAAAUAGAUGUAAGAGAAAGAAAGAUGUAAAAUGACAUAAAGUAUGAAAG